GUGUGCGUAUGUGUUUGUGUGUGUGUGUGUGUGGAGCAGUGAGCGGGCACACCGGGAGGAUGCUGCGGCCUGUCAGACCGGCCGCUCGCUCAUCUUUCCCCCGGAGCUGUUAGGCUGAUCCGGGACAUGGCUGCACCCGUCGUACACUUUGACGACGACUGGUCGCAUGUGCGGGGUUCGAACGUGGUUCCGGAUCGGGAGCUGCUGACGCACAAAGGCAGAGCAGCGGCCGCUACCGCCGCCGGGGGGGAAGCGGCCGCUGCUCGGCUGCUGCUCCACCGUGAUGGGGACCUGACGGGGCUGCUCGACGGCAGCUUCUGCCCGGGGGACGCGCUCUGCUCCGUGGACCCGGUGAUCGGCUUCGAGGAGAAGUUAUCCGCCUGCUUCCACAAUUUCAGCCCCCAGAGAGAGAGCGUCGCUCCCGUGAGUGUGAUCUCAGAGGACACGCUGCUGGAGACAGACGAAAUCUGGAACGCUUUAACCAGUAACUUUGGGCAAGUGAUGCCGGUGGACUGGAAACACUCUCGAACGCGCUCCCUCCACAUCCCCAUGUUCAACCUGGAGGAGAAACCUAGGAAGACUGAUGUCACAGCAGAGCUGUCGGACGACGAGGAGCUGAGGGAGCAGCUGGACAUGCACUCCAUCAUUGUCUCCUGUCUCGCAGACGAGCCCCUGUACACAGCAGAGCAGGUUAUCGAGGAGAUAGAAGAGAUGAUGCAGGACUCGCCCGACAUGGAGCAUCAGCACGAUCCCUCUCAGUCAGACCUCUCCAUGCUCUCACUGGACGUCCAGCGGCCGACCAGCAGCCCCGGCUACGAGGAGAAGGUGAGGACCCUGAGUGUGGCGGAGCUGAAUGAGUGUCUGGAGGAGACGGAGACGAACAUCAGGAGCUUCUCGGAGGAGCUGGUGCAGCAGCUGGCUCUCAGGGAUGAGCUGGACUUUGAGAAAGAGGUGAAGAACAGUUUCAUCUCAGCGCUCAUCGACGUGCAAAACCGACAGAAGGAGCACCGCGAGCUGCUGAGGAAGAAGAAGAAGCUCAAAGGCGGAGCUGGGACGUCGCAGGGCCACGCUGAGAAAACAGUCGGAUCCCGCUUCAGCAUGGAGGGAUUCUCCUCCGUCAUUCAGAACAGCUUCAGACAAACCUUUGGGAGUGGGUGCAGUGAAAGACAGUAUUUGACCACAGUCAUCCCGUAUGAGAAGAAGGGACGUCCUCCUUCGAUCGAGGACCUUCAGAUCCUCACCAAGAUUCUGCAAGCUAUGAGAGAUGACAGCGACAAGGUGCCCAGUCUCUUAACAGACUAUAUUCUCAAAGCUCUGGUGUGAGCAAUGGACGUGCUUUGCCCGACGUAGACCAGAGUGACGGUGCCUAACGCUCUGCAGAGGCUUCUGAUACGUGGCAACAAGAAGAAGAGGACUCAUUGUAUAUUUUUUUUUUGCAAACAUGAAGCACACUUAAUUUAUUCUUGCAUGUUUUUAAUUCAACCUGUGUCUUUUUUUGUUGUGUUCUUUACUCAGUUGUUUUCAUUUUUACGUGCAGUGUUGUUGUGAUUUUUGCAAACCCUGUGUGUUCCUGUACAUUUUUUACUUUUUUCAGUGUUUUUUUAAUCAUGGAGAAAUUCUAAACUUCUAAAUUAUAUUAGAAAUAUACCCAGAUCGAUAAACCAGAGUAGGAGCUGCUGCACUGAGCUUUGCUCGUUGGUUUGAAGUAAGAGCAAAGUUGCGAUGCAAAGUGCUUUGUACUUAACUCAAGUGCUUCUUAUCUACUGAGCAAUGAACAAAUGCACAAAGCACAUUAAACAGACGUGGCAGUACUAGAGAACUAUGACCACAGUUUAUAAUAAUACAACACUUUAUUGAUCUCCAGAGGGAAAUGUAAUAUUCCACAUGCAUAUAGGAUUCAGACAAAUAGAAGAAUGUAACAUAAAUUAAUAACAAUACAAGUCAGAGUGUACAUAAACAAUGUACUGUAGGUGCACAAAACAUCAUAUAAUCCAACAGCCUUCCAUGUAUCUGCAGACACCACAUCCAUAAUCAUUCUGAGGACGAUGAAGAACUGAUGAUGGAGUCUGGACUGAAAUGAACUAAUUACCUAACUAACUAACUAUGCAUUCGAGUGAAUAUUUUAUUGUGACCCACGCACUGUCUACUUUUGUGGCGCUGACCUGCUCUGAAUCAGUCUCGGGCGUCAGCGUGCUCCGCUGUGCACACCGCAGCGAACACCGUGACUGGGCAUUGUUUUUUCUGUAUGAAUUUUACGAGCUGCCUUUGCCGUUGCCUGAACUUUUGUAUAUUUAUUAUAAAUGACUUAUUUUCAGUGAAUGUCACAUGACUACUAGAACUAUUGUUGAUGUAUUUUGUAAAUAUUUUAUUUCAAAUAUAUUGAUACAACCUC